AUGCAGUGGCUAAUAAGCGCGAUCUGCGUGUUGACCGCGGCGGUGCACGGUGGCGGUGGAGUUACCAAAACACCUGGUCUGUCGCCAUUUUGGACGGACGACUACAAAGUCUUCGAACAAAUCUACGGAAAGACCUCCGACCGAGAGCUCUUCGGGUCCACCUUACCUCCCAACCAGUCCUUCGGCGUUGACUUGACCCCCUUAAGAAACCAGGCUUCAGAGAAAAAAGAACGGUACAUCGACACAGAAGACAGAGACUUGGACCAGCAACCAAGCCUGUAUUCCUUCGACAAUUAUAAUAAUCUCUUAACAAAACAGAAUAUAGAAGCGUUUGAUCCAAAGCCGACGAAAACAUCCUUCAAAUUCAUCCCUUACAAUGAUUUCACUCCAAUCAGCCAGUCUACUGAUCCAGCAACAUAUAACUAUUAUAAAACGUUGGAAUUGUUAGAGAAGAAAAAGAAAAUUGACGCUCUAAAAAGCUUAGCAGUCAAUAAUUUCGCACAAUUCUCUAGCUACGCGACCAGCCCUGAAGACACAGAGGGGUAUAAGAGUAUCCAGGAUAUCUUAGACGCUCAUGAAGGGAAUAAAGGAAAUAAGAAAGUGAAUAAUGACCAUGAGAAUUUGGCUAAAUAUGUGAGUUAUGGAGUGUCGAAAAGUCGAAGGAAGAAGCCGGCUUCAAAUCCAAGGUUUAUAAACAGCAAUGAUCUUCAGAAACCACGGUGUGUGUCGGGACGCUGCCGCCAGAGAAACACCUCGGUUAGAGUCAGAACGGGACCUGUUUUGAGGAAGAUUAAGCAUACCAUUAUUUCUGAUUAAUCUUUUAAGUCUGAUUAGUUUGAUAAAUGUAUU